CAUUAUUAUUAGGCUGCGCAGUAUAUUAUCACUGCGGGUGGAAUCGCCGCGCUGUUUGGUGCUCUCCUUGGCGGAACGUUUGCAGUACCACGAAUCAUCUACGCGAUGGCUAAAGAUGGCUUACUCUUUACCUAUUUCUCAAAAGUCAACAAGACCACCAGCACUCCGGCUCGGGCUAUCGUCGCAGCUAGCGUAUUAGCUGCUUUCAUUGCCCUGCUUUUCGACCUAAAGCAACUCGUUGAGAUGCUAAGCAUCGGUACCCUUAUGGCUUACACGUUAGUGGCUGUCUCUGUGAUCGCACUGCGUUUCCAACCGGGAGUUAAGAGCAUAGAAGAAUCGAGCAAUGAUAUGUUUGCAAGCCGGGUGUUCUGUUGCAAAGCCAACCCAGAUGCAUUCCACGAUUAUUUGAAGUUAGAUACAUCAAGUAUUUCAUCCUUGAGUCCGCACUCUUCAAAUACCGCGGAUUCAAAAUCCAAUGCUAUCGCCGACAUCUCGGAAAUUCAACCAGAUUCGCGAUCCAGUUGCAUAGCAUCAGCAUCGCUUGCGUUGAUCAUAUUCGGUAUGGGAGGGGUGAGUGCGGUCUUCAUCGGUGCCUGGGGCAAUCUUCUAGGGGAGGAUCCAUGGGCAAUAACAACCUUGACACUGAGUGGGGUGGUCAUUAUAAUGGGUGUGGUGAUUAUGGUACUCCAGCCAACCAAUGGUGCCAGAUUUCCAUUCACGGUACCAUGUGUACCAGUACUUCCUCUGGCCAGCAUUAUGGUGAACGUAUUUCUACUGUUGAAGUUGCAAUAUAUGACCUGGAUACGAUUUGCUGUAUGGCUGGUUAUUGGUAAGUUCCAGAAUAAUUUUUGUACUAUUGCUAAACCAUUUUCAUAACAACACAGUUUUCUAAAUUACAGCACAGACAAGAACUGCUAUAUUAGAAAACAAAUUAUGACACAGUGGUCAGUACGAUUUACGAACUGAAAUUGCAUUGACUGUUGUUUUUUAGUUCAAGCAGGAACUGAUGACGCCAUGAUUAACGGCUAUAUAAAUUAUGUAUGCGUGACGUCCGUAUUGUCAAAAAUGCUCUUGUUUAAUAAACUCUCUUAGUCUACUUUUGAAGAAUUAACGUCACAUUCUGUUCUGUCUGUCAUAAUUAAACUUUUGGCAAGUAUUACUUUACUCUUUUACCUUACAUAUGAUUUUGAAGUCAUGUAAACGAUUAGCGUGGAUUAUAGAAUGUGUAUCUCAUUGAGAAAGAUAUCCAGGACCGCCCAGAGGGGGGGAGGGGGGGAGGCAAAAGAGUCAAUUUGCCCUGGGUCCCAGCUAAAGGGGGCCUCCAAGUAAAGUUAAAGUAAAAUGUGCAUAGAAACCACUGGUUAAGUAUUCUCCCAGAAUGCAGGAAUUUGCUAUUCUAGGGGCUCUAGAUUUCAAAAUUGUCCCUCAGUUUAAGAACGGAAUAUGCAUUGAAAAUGUUAUACAUGAAAGCAUUCAAAAUCGUAGGGAAAUAAUCUUGCUAAUUGUACUGUCCUAAUGGGGAUCAAUCUCUAAAAGAGCUCACAUAUAUAACGUUAAGAAUUUUUGACGAUAAAAUUUGCCUCGGGCUCCCAAAUUUCUCUGUGCGGCCCAGGAGAUAUUACAUUUUUCAUUGAGGUAGCUGUAUGACUCUAGCCCGUUUCCACUUCAAGCGUACAGUACCGAAACGUGAUAAAAAAAAUAAAUUUAGUCAUUAUUGAUUGCUUAUUACUUCCGAGGUACGCCAAAAAGUUAACUUGCGACGAACUUUUCAUUUUGAUACGCGAAUACACCCGGAAGUACGUGAUUUAUCAACCUAUUUUCAAUCUAUACGCAUGCCCACCAGUACGUUUCGAUACGGGCGAAGUGGAAAACGGCUUUAAAUCCGCAGCUGUUGUUGUUGUCGCUACCCACACUGGCACAAACCGGUCGAGAUGGGGUCACCAUCUUUCCUAUACUACUAUCCAGCCUCGUGGUUGGUCGAUUAUAACAAUGAAGGACAAUAAAACUAUAGAAAUCGUCUUUAUAAAGAACAAGUCACGAACAAUGAUCAUUUUUGUUUCUGAAAGCCAAUCACAAAAUUCACAAAACAUGAGCAUUUUAGGUAGGUCUUUACCCUCGAGAUGUGUAACUCAUAAUCUUUUCUUCCCUAGGUUUGAUGAUCUACUUCAUGUACGGAAUACAUAACAGUGUUGAAGGUAAAGACGAAGACUCCAAUAAUAAAGACGAAGUGAAGUUGAUAAUGCCUCCACCUCCCGACAAACUUUACGACAUGAAACAAAUACAGCCAGAAAACAAGAAAGAACCGCUUGAUGCAGAUUUUGAUGAUGAUGAUGAACCCAGAUAUGUCGAAAAUUAGCUACUUCUGAAUAAUUAGGUCUAAGACUAAGGGUUCGGCUGUUUACAUGAUCCGGUUUUGCCGUGACGAUGUGAGGAGAGAUGAUUUUGAUGUAUUCAAAUCACGAUUCAGCAGAAUUACAUUAUUUUCCUAUACAGUGAUAGAUAGAUUACAGUAUUGUAAACGAAAGGUUGUUCAAGCCGCAGUAAUAAUCUUCUUGAACUACAAGAUCUUCUCUACAACAUUUGAGUUCUUCGUUCUCAGUAGCCAAGAGUGAAUUAUUUGAAUCAUGGCCCGAUUUUGAGGGGAGGUGUUGGGAGGUGCGCAUCUCCCCUGAGAUCGUUUUGCAGCUCCCGUGAGAAUUUUUGCACUUCCCCUAAAAUUUUUUCCACCUCCUCCACUAUUUCCACCAAAAUCCGGCCUUGAUUUCAAUACAUCAAAAUCAUCACGCCUUCCAUCCCAUCCGGACAAAUCGCGAUCAUGUCAACAGCCCCGCCAAAGGUUGGUACGGACGAAAAACUGGUUGGUAAAAUAAUUACUAGAAUCAUAUUUUCUAUAAAAUGAAGGGAUAUUCUUGACUUGAAUGCUUAACGAUACAAAGCACCAUAGAUACUAGGCUCAGAUUCCAGCCGUCGGGGUUCUCGCUCUGGAAUCUGAGCAUACAUAUAGAUACAUGCUCCAGUAAAAUCCCGCGUACAAAAACAAUCUACAGUCUGAAAUUUACCAUUUAUAUAAAAAUCUAUUUUUUUGACAACCAAUUUGGAAAUUUGGAAAACUCCAAUGUGGUAGACAAGUAAUAGAUAUGGAAUAAAGGGGGGUUAUGACUGCUUUUUCAAUUUCUAAUAUGACUGUUUAGUGGUAGUAUAUGAGUCUAAAGCCCCGUUUAGACUACACUCAAUUUUUGGUACGGCACGGAUGAAAUUGGUACCCGUACCACUUUUUUGGUUCUUGGACUAACUAUUUGGCUAAGCCCCGUUUACACUACGACUUUACAAUUUUUGGUACCGUACCACUUUUUGGUUCUUGGACUACCUAAAUAGGUAGUCCAAGAACCAAAAAAGUGGUACGGGUGCCAAUUUUAUCCGUGCCGUACAAAAAUUGAGCGUAGUGUAAACGGGGCUUAAGAAUCCUUUGAAGAUUCUUAGAAUCUUAGGCUUAACUCGUCUUAUGCAUCAAAUAAGCAUGCAUGCAUGUAAGAGCCUAUUCGCCCCCUGACCUCUAAAAUAGUAGUUUCUUAAAAUCCGGAUUUUACUGUAUAUACCUUCUUUAUCCUUAUAAUAUUCAAACUACAGAACCAACUCUCGGUAUAAAUGACACUCAAAAUGGACAAUAAAAAUACUGAUUUGCCAUGCCGAAUUAGUAGUUUUAGUUUGAGUAUUUUCUUGUAGAAUAGUAUAUCUGUUUCCUAAUUUACUAUUUUAAUGUAGGAAUAUCGUCUUUAUCGAGUAAUUUAGUAACGCGGCAGAAAUGAGAAUUUAGAAAAAGAACGUAAUAUAAAAAGACUUUAUUGUAGUAUAGAAGAAUUAGUUUUAAUGAGUGAUUGCUUAAAAAUAAUUCAAAAAUCGAAUAUAUAAAAGAAGAUAAAAAACCGAAUCGUUUGAUAUUGAAUUUGAGUUCAUUUUGCAGACGAACAAAAACAAUUUUAGUGCAUGCGAACCAAGGAAUCUAUUGUUUUCAAUAACAGUAUUCCUGCUUUUUAUUAUAUUCCAAUGAUUGCCAUAACUUUCAUCCGGUUUCAAUAAGCUUGCAGCAGCUAAUUGCAAGUCUAUUGACACAAUGGUGGACACCAAAGGGAGCCGGAGGGCUACCGCCCCCUCCCUCGCCACCAAUAAUUUUUGAAAGCUUUUAAAUGAAAGCUGAAUAGCAAAACUGUAACAAUAAUUUCUCAACCAUAAAUGCAUUGGUAUAUAAGCUAUAAAUAAAGCUCAUGGAAUUUAAGGCAACAAAGCUAAAAGAAGAUUAUCA